GCGGAGAGCUGGAAAGUUCCUAGUUUGUGUCCGGCUGCUCAGCAACGUUGUCAGCUCACAGAUUAACAACAUCCUGUCUGGAUAUGUGUUCUCGGGAGCUUUUAUCAGCCAGCCUUUGGUAUCUGUCUCUCAGAGCUCUCGUGUUGUUCUGUCUGUGCCAUUUCAUUUCUGGAUACUCUGAAGUGGACAGAGCAAAUGAGCUGAUGUCCAAAUAUCCUCUUAUUGAUGGACAUAAUGACCUACCUCUGCAGCUGAGAAUCCAUUACAACAAUAGUCUGAGUCUGACUAAUCUCAGUCAGCUCGAGCAUGCCUCCACUAGCAUCAGUCGCCUCCAAGCUGGCCAUGUACAGGCUCAGAUGUUUGCUGCCUAUGUUAUGUGUGGGGCCCAGCAGAAGGAUGCCGUGAGGCUGACUCUGGAACAAAUUGAUGUCAUCAGACGUAUGUGCACCGAGUACCAGGACUUGGUGUUGGUCACUUCCACUAGAGAGCUCAGAGAAGCAGAGAUGAGGCAUAAAAUAGCCUGUCUGAUAAGCGUAGAGGGAGGUCACUCCAUUGACAGCAGUCUUCCAGCCCUGCGGAUGUUUUACCAGCUCGGCGUUCGCUCCAUGUCCCUCACACACACCUGCAACACUCCCUGGGCUGAGUCAUCCUCCAAACUCUACAACGUCUUUCAAAGACAGGGUAACAGCCUGACGGGGUUUGGAAAGGCUGUAGUUGAGGAGAUGAACAGACUGGGAAUGAUGGUGGACCUCUCCCACACAUCUUGGGCCACAGCUUGGGCUGUGCUGAACCAUUCCAGGGCUCCUGUGAUUUUUAGUCACUCGUCUUCCUAUUUCAUUUGUAAAACCUCCCGCAACGUACCCGACGAGCUGCUUCAUGAGCUGAAAAAGAACAAGGGCUUAAUCAUGGUGAAUUUUUAUAGCCCCUUUACUUCCUGCAAUCACGAGGGGAAUGUGUCCCAUGUGGCUGACCACUUUGAUCACGUUAAGAAGGUUAUUGGAGCCGAAUUCAUCGGAAUCGGAGGAGACUAUGACGGUGGGAAGAGCUUUCCUAAGGGGUUGGAGGAUGUGUCAAAGUAUCCUGCCAUAAUCCAGGAACUCUUGAGAAGAAACUGGACAGAGGACGAGUUGGCUGAUGUUCUUCGACGAAAUUUCCUUCGAGUGUUUGAGGAGGUUGAAAAGGUCCGUGAUUGGCUGAGCCAUCUCCGACCCAGUGAGGCUCACAUCUCCUUAGAGGAGGUGCAGAACCCCUGCAGACUGGUUCUCAAACAUCCUGACUUGUCAUCCACGGCAGAACGAAAACCUUUUAACCGGCUCGUCCUGACCACCAUUCUGCUCCUCUCCCUCCUUUUCUGGAUUGACUGAAUAUUUAUGAUCUAGUUAGAAAGCAAAUAUUUUAUUGUCUAUAUAAAUGAAGAAGUUUUGAGUCUGCAGUGGCCAGUUGUGAGUUUUACAGCAUCUUUUUGGAGAGGAUUAUUAUUUUUAUAUUUAAUAUUUUACAUUGUUCUUUUUAAAUCUCAUCCUCUGGGAAGCAUUUUAUAACUUGUUUUUGAACAUAUUUAUUCUAAUUCUAAGCCGUGACAUUUGUUUAUAUUUAUCUUUGAGGGCAUCAACAAGAAUGUGGAUCAAUAAAACUCAGAACUGAA